GGGUGUAAUUGGGCAUAUCAUGUUUACAAAACACUUUGUAUAUAUGUAUAUAUACACAUAUACAACUUAAUUAAUUAAAAUAAUACUCAGACCAAAAAAAAUAUAGAACGUACUGGUCUCCUCAGCGCGGGGAGGGCGAGACAAGUGAGCUCUCCUGCUCCCUGUAGUUGCUGCGGUUCGUUUGAUUCCUCCGACUCGUCUGGCUUGUCUCUACGACUUGAGUUAGACGACGAUGGUGACAAAAUAGCUCGUAAGAUUAUCAGAACCCUUUGGGCUUUGUUUUCAAUUAAAAGCCUAAAUCUAUUUUUUUUCCUGGGCCUGCGGACGGUUGUUGGACUGGCAAAAAAGGCGACGACUUGUCGCAAAACCGCGCCUGGGCGACGCCUGGAGGACGCCUAUCGCGACUAUUCUUCUUCUGCCGAGGCCAGUGAAGACAGCGAGCACUACCUAGCGCCAGGACGCCUAGUCGGCGACGCCGUGACAAACUUGGAAACAUCUCGUUUCCAGCAACAUUUAAUCGUCCUCUUCCUAUCAAGCUUGAUUCUAAUAAUUUUCUCCUGUGCAAGCAUCAUGUUGAAUCUGUAAUUCGUGCUCAAAAACUUCUCAAGUUUGUUGAGAAACCUGAAAUUCCUCAUAAGUUCGUAGCUGGUGAAGAUGAAGGAACUGAAAUUGAGAAUGAUGCCUACGCUAUUUGGGAGAAACAGGAUCAGAUGGUGUUUUCAUGGCUUCUAGCAUCUCUUUCUGAGUCUCUUCAUGCUCGAGUUAUUCAUUGUCAACACUCGCACCAGCUAUGGAGUGAAAUACACAAGUUCUUUCAGACGAACUUUGUGGCCAGAGUCCAGAGCUAGGCAGCUCAAAUCUGAACUGUAUUCUACUGGAAAAGGUGGUCCUUCUUUACUGAUCUUUGUGUCACCUGGAAUUCAAAUCUACAUUCUCAUAUAUGUUGAUGACAUUCUAGUCAUUGGAAAUAACUCUGAAGCCAUUCAACAACUGAUUCAUAAGCUGCAUUCCUCUUUUUCUCUUAAACACUUGGGAGAUAUUGAUUUGUUCUGAGGAAUUGAGGUCAGGAGGCUCUUUGAUGGCAGUUUGCAUUUGUCUCAAGCCAAAUAUGUAAGAGAUUUACUUCAUCAAGUUGGAAUGAUAGACUCAAAAGGAGUCAACACUCCUAUGCUCAGUAACGGCAAGCUUACUCAUCAAGGCAGUGACCCAUUACAAGAUCCUUCUGCCUACAGGUCCAUAGUUGGAAUUUUACGAUAUGCUACCUUAACCAGACCUGAAAUUAGUUAUGCUGUAAAUAAGGUGUGCCAGUUAAUGGCCACACCUUUACAAGACCACUGGAAAGCUGUCAAACACAUCCUAAGAUAUCUCUCUGGCAUUACUACACAUGGCAUUCUCAUCAAACCUCUGUCUUUAUCUACUACACCUCUGCCUAUAUCAGCCUUUUGUGAUGCUGAUUGGGCUUCUGAUCCAAGUGGCAGAAGGUCUACUUCUGGGUCUUGUAUUUUUCUUGGCCCUAAUAUCAUCUCUUGGUGGCCCAAGAAACAAUUGUGUGUGGCCAGAUCAUCAGCAAAGGCUGAGUAUAGAAGCCUUGCAGACACAGCAGCAGAACUAUUAUGGGUCCAGUUCUUGCUAAAGGAACUUCAAGUUCCUUUUCAUACUCCCAGAGUUUAUUGUGACAACCUAAGCACAGUUCAGCUAGCUCAUAACCCUGUGCUUCAAUCUCGGAUUAAACACAUGGAGAUUGAUCUUUUCUUUGUCUGGGAAAAAGUUCAAUCUAAGCAGCUUGCAGUCUACCAUAUUCCAGCUCUUCAUCAACUUGCUGAUGUCCUGACUAAACCAUUAUCAGCCUCCUCCUUUCUUGAU